AUGCCAGCGCACCAAGGUAUGCAAGACUUGUCACAGGCGUAUAUCGGACAGGUCAAUUUUUUAAUUGCACAUCAGAAGUGCCGGAUAACCCCUCCAUGCUGGGCGUACUUUUUCUUCGCUUAUUACCGGGUUGCCUACGCUGUAACGGGCAAUAUUCAAAAUGGAAUGACUUUCGAAGACAAACCCGGCAAGAAGCCAGAGAAGUCUGCUAGUUUUCAAAGCAAUGUUUUUGUUGAAAAGGCGUCGGCAGCAAAUUUCUCUCAUUUUAAGGCGAUCUGUGAGGCAUCCCUGCACCAAAAAAGCAGUUCGAGGGUCCUCGGCGGCUCUAUCCGGAGGAGCCGAUCAAGCGCUGCCAGGAAUGGACGACAGAAGCCCUUGAGGCCUUAG